AUGCAGAUUUUACUUGGAAGACUGGUCGAAGGUGACACGAGUACCGACUCCCUCGACAUCCAUCUGGGCCAGCAGAAGGCUAUUUCCAGAAGACAUGCAAAAAUAUUCUACAAUUUCGGCAACCAGAGAUUUGAGCUGUCCGUUGUUGGUAGAAAUGGCGCUUUUGUCGACGACAUGUUUGUUGAAAACGGGGUAACAUUACCACUUAAAGAUAAGACUAGAAUACAAAUAGGAGAGACGAGGUUUAUGUUUAUCCUUCCAACGGAUGAGACUGUUACUGAUUCCAAAAAUGGAAAACAAAUCAAACCUAUAAAUCCUUCAGAUGCAGUCAGCUUGAAAACUUCAUUCUCUAAUAACCAUGCUACUAGCAGUGGGAGCUCACGAGAAGGCUCGUCGACCCCGCAACAUCCGAAGGUGAACGACAACAAGUCCUCGACGGUCCUCAAAUUGGGUGAUGAUUUUGUUAAUGAAUUGAGAGCAAACGCGGAGGCUUCUGUGGUCAAACGUGAGGAAGCAGCAGCUGCUGCUGCUGCUGCGCGAAAUGGAAACCAGGUUUCCUUGAUGGAUGGUGUGAAUGCCUUAUCUGCGGCCGGACGCGCACAACAGUCUCUUCAGUCGGCAAAGGAUAAGUUGAAAAAACCAUUAAAAGCAGUCAAGAAAGUCUACAAGCCCGAGGAGAUUCCUGAAGAGUAUCGGACAAAGCCCAACUUCUCCUACUCAACGCUUAUUGCCGAAUGUUUGCGACAGAAAGGAACCGAACGGGGCAUGUCUCUUUCGGAAAUCUACAAAGGAAUUCAGGAAUUGUAUCCUUACUAUUAUUACUGUCCAGACGGUUGGCAAAGCUCGGUCAGACACAAUCUGUCUUUAAACAAGUCUUUCCGCAAGGUGUGCAAAGAAGGAAAAGGCUGGCUAUGGGGUCUCGAUGAAGAAUAUUUCGCUGAAAAAGAACGCCUGAAACGAAAACAAAUAGAGCUCGCCAACAUAAAGGCCACACAGCACUUACAAACUCUGUCACAGCAGUUCCAACAACAACCAGCUCGUCCCGAGUCGUACUCGUCGUCGACUUCCCCUGCUCCUGAAUCGAACAGUUCUGAGUCCUCGAACUCCAAAUUAUCUGGAGACACAAAGAAAGCGCUUUCGUAUUUACAGCAGGAACUUAUCAGACUCACCAAGGACCGCAAAAUGUACGAUAAAGAAACAACCACUCAAAUUCUCACCCAGGCCCUUGCGAUGACCAUUGCCCAGGUGAACCAAGCCGCAAAAAAUGCUGGAAUCCAGGGUUUCCCGUUGGUCACACUAAUCGACAAGAACCCUGCACAUAUCACUAAAAUUCUCUCCGCCGCUUUGAACGCUGCUACCAUUCAGGUAACCAAGAAAAAAGGACUUCCGCCUCCCAGCAACUCGCCAGCUCCGCCCGUUUCCAAGCCUGUUGAACCUGCUCCUACGCGGUCCAACAUCCAACAAUUUGCAAGGCCUUCUCCUCCUGUCCCCAAACCAUUAGCCACUUCGGGAUCAAUCAAGUCCAUUUCUUCAGCUCAGGCGGGAAUAGCAAGCACCUCUCCUGGCCCCUCCUCCUCUUCUCCAAUCCCUUCAAUUAGAAAACCUCAAUAUUAUGGUAAGCCACUAUCCGUUGCACCUUCCAGCUCAAGAUCAAUUAAUAAACCGGUCCAACAAAAGCAAUCGCAAUAUGACAACGAAAGCAUACAACUACAGUUCCAGAAGUUUUCGCAGCCAACUCCCCCUGUUGCACCGGUUGCAAAACCUAAGUCUGACUUGGAAGAUUUGGACAUGAAACUAAUGCUUGAUAGCAUGGAUCACGAUAAAGACACUUCGAAGGAAUUGGAUUUGGACAAGUUCCUUGCUCAGCACUCGGGGGAGGUAGAGCUUGACUCAAAGAAAAGACCGCUAGACUCAUCAGACUCGACCAAGGACCAAGAACCGGACCCCAAAUCCUCUAAAAUUGAAUAG